UCCCUCUCCCUCUCCUCUCCUCCCUCAUCUCCACCUCAAUCUCAAUCAGCGCCGAAACGACACGGCACGAAGAAAAAAGAAGGAGGGCUAACCUAAAAAAAAAAAAAAAAAAGAAAACAGGACAUUCAUUCGCGUACGUGACACUGACCGAUGCUCGCUGUUCUCCGCCCGACGUCUCCGCCGCCGGCACGCUGCGCGCCGCUCAUCCCGCUGUAAAAGCAGCUCCGCGACGGGGCAGUCCGGUUCCUCUCUCUCCCCCCCUUCCCUCCCUCCCCCGUCUGGACGGCGGUUUAUUCCCUGGAUGCUGGAUGAACGAUCGGAGAGUUGUGAACAAGUGUGAGAAGAACGCCGAGGCUCCAGGAUCUGCCUCCCCGCUCCGUCCAGGGACGACGCGACUCAGCCGGAGUUGUGGGCGACAAUGGAGGGGACGUCCCUGUGUCUUCCUAUUGUUAUUUUACUGAUGCAAUGUUCCCCCUCCGUUCCCGUGACCGUGUCCACCACCAGACAUAAGGUGGAGGUGGAGGAGUUCUCAGACGCGGUGCUGUCGUGCCUGUUCCGCACAGAGAGGGACCCCAACCCGCGCAUCGAGUGGAAGAAGAAGGCGAAGGAGGUGUCGUUCGUCUACUACGACGGACGCUUCAGAGGUCCCUUCGAAGGCCGAGCAACCAUCGACGGGGCGACAGUGACGCUGCACAAGGUGACCCAGGAGGACGCCGGAGAGUACCGCUGCGAGAUCAGCGCUUCCCUGGACACCGUCAGCCUGGGCGAGACCAACGUCACGCUUAAUGUCUUAGUGCCCCCACAAACCCCCUCGUGCGAAGUCCCCGCCUCGGUUGUGACGGGUACGGCGGUGCAGCUGCGCUGUCGGGACCAGCAGAGCGUCCCACCUGCUACGUACUCCUGGUUCAAGGACAACAAGAAAAUCAGCAACCCGCCCCGUCACGCCAACGCGACCUAUCUAAUCAACUCCCAGACGGGAAUACUGGAGUUCAAAGCCGUGGCCAAAGAGGACAGCGGUCGCUACAGCUGCCUCGCAUCCAACGGAGUGGGGUCGCCCAAAAUGUGCGAGGGCAAGGACAUGACAAUAGAGGAUGUCAACAUCACAGCGAUCGUGGGAGGCGUGGUGGUGCUCUGCCUGCUCCUCCUCGUCUGCGGCUGCGGGGGGAUGCUUUUGCACCGUAACGGCUUACUCACCCAGGGACCCAGAGGGAGGUCAUUUUGGAUCUCCCAGUGUCACGGCGCAGCCCACAUCAGCAGCCAAACCCUGCACAGAACAGACGACACGUCCAACAUCAGCUACGUCCCCCCACCCCAAGAACCCCAGGAUUUCAAACACACGCAGUCAUUCAUGCUCUGAGAGGCUGGCUCCCCUUCAGCGAACAAUAAAUGGGUGGCGAGAGGUGCCAACUCUGGAUCCGGAUGCGUUUCCCUGCUUUUGGAGUCGGAUCGAGCGUUUGAUCUUCCAGUUAACACCAACCGGGCUCAUCGCUUUAUUGUGAUUUUAUUUAUGGUUUUGAUUUAAGUUCCUCCUCUUUGCUUUUUGUGCUGUUCACCUUUUACCCAUCAACAUCCUCUGCUCUUACGGGACUAAAUGCAGCGUUUCGGUACGCUGCUGCCCCCUACUGGUGACAUCUUGAAAACUAUCCUUUGAGGAUCAGACUUGAUUUUCUUCUUUUUUUAACCAAAGACUGGUGUUUUAUUUAAGUGACUCUUAUUUCUGUUUUAGAAAUUGCAUCUAAGGGGAAUUCUCUGAAGCCAUACUGAAUUAUUUCAGUUGUCUCCUGACUACUCAGACUUAAAUACAGCUUACCUCCAGUCAGUAUUUUGUCUUCUGUCUCAGGCCCAGACAUCAUUAGUCCCCCCCCCCCCCUCCUCUCAUGAUCUUAGUAAUAACAGGGGGAAUAGUCCAAUAUGUUCCACUUGAGACCAACCCCAUUUCCAUCCUGAUGUGCCUGCAUGGUCUUCUUUUCUAAAUGUAUACAUCUAUCUACAGUAUACCUCGUGCCUUUUUAAUUUGACUGUCAUAUCGAUCUCGGGAUCACACUUUUUUGUAAACAAACUUGCCUUAUUUUUCUGUCUUUAUAUAUAUAUUCUUGUGCCACUGUUUAUCAAAUGACGUGUGGAUGACUUGACAGAGUUUUAUUCGAAUGGUGGAUCAGUAAUAAAAAGGUUUUUCUAAUAAAUAUUUU